CCAAGCUUCCACGCACCCCGGUACGAUCGCCGAACCCCGCCUUCGUACCGCCCCGACACAGAACCAACCCGCGGGGACCCCUUCAAUACCACUCCAGACCUCGACUUCACCGCGUCGCAUCCCCGGCUCGGCCCCCGCCUUCCUGUUCGUACUUUGGCAGCUGUUGUUGGCAGAAGCGGGCUAUUUCUCGCUUGCGCCUCCAGAUUUCCAAGAUGGUGGACGCAGAAGCAAACGUACCGACAUGGAAAUUCACCCAAUGCUUUGGUGAUAAAGGAGAUGUGGAGGACAUCACGGAAGCCGAUAUCAUCUCGACCGUCGAGUUCGACCACACAGGAAACUAUCUAGCCACGGGUGAUAAGGGCGGGCGCGUUGUUCUAUUCGAGCGCAAUGAAACAAAAAAGACUUGCGAGUACAAGUUCCACACCGAGUUCCAGUCCCACGAGCCCGAGUUCGAUUAUCUCAAGUCGCUUGAGAUAGAGGAGAAGAUCAACAAGAUCAAGUGGUGCCGGCGGCAGAACGCUUCCCACUACCUUCUGUCAACAAACGAUAAAACCAUCAAGCUCUGGAAAGUGUUUGAGAAGUCACUUAAGGUCGUGGCCGAGAACAACCUUUCGCACGACUUGACCCCGGCAAACAUAGCUGGAGGAGGCGGAGCCCCGCGCCCGCUGCCAAAUGUCCAGUUUCGCAGUGCAAGUGACCUGAAGCUUCCCAGGCUGACCCACCACGAUACCGUCGUGGCCGCUGUUCCCCGGCGGACGUAUGCGAAUGCCCACGCCUACCACAUCAACAGCAUCUCGGUGAACAGUGACGGCGAGACGUUCAUCAGCAGUGACGACCUGCGUAUCAACCUGUGGAAUCUGAACAUCCAGGACCAGAGCUUCAAUAUCGUCGACAUCAAGCCAGCAAACAUGGAGGAGCUGACCGAAGUCAUCACGGCAGCCGAGUUCCAUCCUCUGAGCUGCAACUGGUUCAUGUAUGCCAGCUCCAAAGGGACGAUUAAGUUGGCGGACAUGCGGCAGAGCGCCCUGUGCGAUCAGCAUGCCAAGCUGUUUGAGCAAGAGGAAGACCCCGCUUCGAGGUCGUUCUUCUCUGAGAUUAUCUCGUCCAUCUCAGACGUCCGCUUCUCGUACGAUGGCCGAUACAUCCUUUCACGCGACUACCUGACCGUCAAGAUCUGGGAUGUGAACAUGGAGAGACAACCCAUCAAGACGAUCCCGAUUCACGAACACCUCAGGCCAAGGCUCUGCGACACGUAUGAGAACGACAGCAUCUUUGACAAGUUCGAGGUGGUGUUUUCGGGCGAUGGCAAGAACGUUAUGACCGGAAGCUACAACAACAAUUUCAUGAUCUACCCUUCAGACCCGGAGCAGGAGGUGGAGGUAGUGCUGCAGGCCGACAAGUCGGCCUUCAAGGCUAAAAAGGUAGGAGUACCGACGCCCAUCAACUCCUCGGCGAGCUCCACGGCAAACGGAAAGAAGGGCGGCUCGAGGGCGGGGAGCCCGGCUGCACCAGGCCAAGGCCAGAGGAUGCGCAAGGAGACGGACGCCGACCAGAUCGAUUUCAACAAGAAGAUUCUCCACAUGAGUUGGCAUCCUUUUGAGGACAGCAUCGCGAUUGCCGCGACGAAUAAUCUCUUUGUCUUUUCUGCUUUGUAGACAGGUGCUCAACCCACCUCAACAGUGGGACGCUCCGGAGAGGUGAUCGUGUGCGGCACUUUCUGCCUGGCCUGCAAUGCUGUGGAAGUUACAGAUGA